ACGCUGUGCAAUGUCUAAUUGCGUGUUUCAUCUUCUUGUUCUCGUCUUGUGUUUGGUUUGCAGGCUUUACGCUGCGACGUACAAAGACGGUGAUAAGGUUGUUGUGUAUGUGAACAAAGUCGGUCCUUACUUUAAUCCUCACGAGACAUAUCAUUAUUAUUCUCUUCCUGUAUGCAGACCAGGCAAGGUGGAGCAUAAAAGUCUUACCCUAGGAGAAGUCCUUGAUGGAGAUCGCAUGGCGAAGUCAAUGUAUGACAUCAAAUUUAAAGAAAAUGUUGAUAGUGCCAGGGUGCUUUGUAAUGUUGUGUUGAAAGCAAUGGAUAUCAGGCAGAUUGCGAAUGCAGUUGAAGAACUUUAUUACUUUGAAUUUGUAGCUGAUGACCUUUCUAUGAGAGGGUUUCUUGGUCACUUGGAGGAGACUGGCUUUUUACCUCACUCUCAUCGUACAUAUUUAUGGACUCAUCUUUUCUUUCACUUUCUCUUCAAUGGCAAUCAUGUUAUUGCUGCAAAUGUGAGCACUAGCAGUCGUUCACCUUUACAGAUUGAUAAUCUAGAAGAGCCUGCUAAUAUUACGUACUCGUACACGGUCAAGUGGACUGAAACAAAGGUCAAGUAUGCCAACAGAGCUACUCUGUUAACAUCUCAUUUCUUUCGAAAGUCACUUGAGAUUCACUGGCUGUCAGUUAUUAACUCGAUCAUAUUAGUGGUACUCUUGCUUGGAUUUGUUGUUAUUAUCUUGAUGCGAGUUUUAAGGAAGGAUUUUUCUCGCUAUAAUGUUGCUGAGGUGGGAGGAGACGAUGAAGAUCUUGAUCAAGAUGGUUACGGUUGGAAAAUCAUUCAUGCCGACGUUUUUCGAUUUCCGCCACAUAAAAGUUUAUUCUGUUCGAUACUCGGGGUUGGAUCUCAGUUUCUCGCAAUCGGAUUUGGAAUUAUCCUGAUGGCCUUGGUUGGUCUCUUUAAUAUCCACAGGCAUGGAUCAAUCAAUACUGCAGCAGUGCUUCUCUAUGCUCUAACAUCUUGUAUCGCUGGCUGUGUGUCUAGUCGCAUGUAUAAACAGAUUGGCGGAGACAACUGGGUUUGGAAUAUUGUUAUGACUGCGUGCCUUUUCUCGGUUCCGUUUUUUCUCAUAUGGAGUAUUGUGAACUCAGUGGCGUGGUAUAUGGGGUCAACGCAAGCCCUGCCCUAUACAACCAUUAUAAUUCUGAUGCUCAUCUGGCUGAUAGUCGGCUUUCCUCUGACUGUGCUUGGUGGGAUUGUCGGCAAGAACACGUCUGGAGAAUUUGACUCUCCGUGUCGCACGAAGAACAUUGCAAGAGAAAUCCCUCCCGUUGCAUGGUAUCGAUCUACGCCUGCACACAUGGCAAUUGGAGGUUUUCUUCCAUUUAGUGCUAUCUCAGUUGAGCUUUAUUAUAUCUUUGCAACACUUUGGGGUCGCGAGAACUACACUCUGUAUGGGAUUCUGCUUCUCGUUUUUAUCAUCUUGCUCAGCGUCACAGCGUGCAUAUCGAUCGCUCUCACCUAUUUUCAGUUGUCUUCAGAAGAUUAUUGCUGGUGGUGGCGAUCUUUGUUUUCAGCUGGGUCGGCUAGUUUUUAUGUAUUUGGGUAUUCUCUGUUCUACUAUUACAAGCGGUCGAAUAUGUCCGGUGUGCUGCAGUCGGUGCAGUUCUUUGGCUACACGAUCCUUGUCUGUUAUAUGUUCUUCUUGAUGCUCGCUACAGUGUCGUUUAGUGCAUCCUUGCAGUUUAUACGUUACAUCUAUUCGAGAUUGAAGAUGGAUUGAAGUUGAGGUCUAGGUGACUAGAGUACUGCCCCGUCUUUCUCUCAGUCGAGUGAAAUUCUAGAAUCAAUUAUACACCGUUGGCGAGUUUAC